ACUUGUCAUCUCUCAGGAUUUUCACUAUGAAGGUGUUACUAUUGAUUUUUUUGGGCGCGGUCUCGUUGGCGUCGGCGGGUCUUCUUCCAGCCAUGCUGCCCUACCAUGAUACGGUUGGAAUUCCUCUGGCAGAAAGUCUCAAGAAAUCGGAGGAAGCCCGAGACUUUGAUGGAUCUAGAAUUGUGAAUGGAAAUCUUGCUCGUUUGGGUGCUCACCCGUACAUGGUCGGUUUAGUCAUAGAAAUACGGGGCAGUGCUAAUUCAGUAUGCGGUUCAUCUAUGCUCAGUAACACGAGGUCUCUCACAGCCGCUCACUGCUGGUUUGAUGGAGCUAGACAAGCAUUAUCUUUCACAAUGGCCUUUGGAUCGACCACUGUUUUUGCUGGAGGCGUUAGAGUGCGCACUACAAACGUACGGAUGCAUGAACAAUGGAAUCCAAGAAAUUUUAUCAACGACAUAGCCGUAAUCACCCACAAUCGGGUGGGAUAUACCAAUGCUAUUCAGGCAAUCGCUUUACCAUCUGGAUCUCUUCUUAACAACAAUUUCGUGGGGACCUGGGCACAAGUUUCCGGUUAUGGAAGAACCGGUGACGGUUCUCAACACAACAUCAGACCAGAUCAAGCGAAGAGAGUGGCAACAGUCCGAGUUAUUACCAACAAUGAAUGUAGAAAUGCUUUUGGAGCUGUAGUCCGUGACACUGUUAUCUGUACAAGCGGAUCUGAAGGUCGUAAUAUCUGCAACAGCGACUCUGGCGGACCUUUAUCCAUUGUCAACAAUAAUCGGAGAGUGUUGAUUGGCGUUGUAAUGUUUGGACAUCCUCGAUGCGAGUCUCGUAACCCUGGCGGGUAUUCUCGCGUCACUGCUUACAACAACUGGAUCCGGGCUAGAUUAUAA